AAGCUGCUUUUGAAGCAGUUGGUGUCCCGCUCCUGUCGGUCCUCUUCUGCUCUCUGGAUUAUCUCCCGCUGCUGUGACACAAUUACGCAGAACUUUGAUCGCCACUUUUAUCAUGCGAGAUUUUACCUAAACGGACCAAAAGGAGAAAACAACACCCGCUUCUUUAUUUUGGUGGAAGAUAAUUUCACUUAAAAAAAAAUCGACCCCAAUGCCAGAUUCAGAAGCGAUGAACAAGAACGGAAUGGUGACAAAGAUCCACACGCGGAUAACAACCGAGCCGUUCACGGCCAAUUUCGAGCUGGUCGGCAGAGAACUGGGCAGGGGGAAGUUUGCAGUGGUGAAGAAGUGCAUGGAGAAGUCCUCUGGGAAACUGUACGCCGCCAAGUUCCUGAGGAAGCGACGGAAGGGCCAGGACUGUCGCGUGGACAUCUUGAACGAGAUCUCCGUGCUGGAGCUGGCCAAGGGAAACCCUUAUGUGGUGGCACUGCACGAGGUCUACGAAACCAAUACCGAAAUCAUCCUUGUUUUGGAGUGUGCCGCUGGUGGUGAAAUCUUUAACCAGUGUGUGGCUGAUAAUGACGAGGCCUUCACGGAAAAAGAUGUGAUCCGGCUAGCUCGGCAGAUCCUGACAGGAGUGGCUUUCUUACACAGGAGCAACGUGGUGCAUCUGGAUCUGAAACCCCAGAAUAUCUUGCUGACCAGUGCCAGACCUCUGGGAGACAUCCGUAUUGUGGAUUUUGGCUUGUCGAGACGCAUGGACAAUGUCACAGAAGUCAGGGAGAUCCUAGGUACCCCUGAGUAUGUAGCACCAGAGAUCCUCAACUAUGAACCCUUAAGCACUUCUACGGACAUGUGGAGCAUCGGAGUCUUGAUUUACGUCAUGCUGACUGGUGAGUCUCCCUUCCUGGGUGACGAUAAACAGGAGACGUUCCUCAACAUCUCCCAGGUCAAUGUAGACUACUCGCAAGACUCAUUAGAGGGGAUUUCCUCCUUGGCUAUCGACUUUAUCAAGUCCUUGCUGGUUAAAAACCCCAGGAAGAGAGCCACAGCAGAAGAAUCCCUCCACCACCCCUGGCUGAACCCUCUUCCCCAUCAUCCCAACUCCCACCCGAAACUCCACAGCAGGUCGGCCUCUUCCUUGGAUGAGCAGGAGAUGAGCCAGUCUGAGUCAGAGCCAGAGAGCCCGGCUCCUUCCCCCGACCUGGACUUGAUUGGGUCGUAUCUCACCUGUCUAGGUCAGGGGGAGCUGAAAACGGGCCGCGACACCUUCACCUUUAGCGAGCCUCCAUUUCCUACACGGCCUGAGAUCCAGCAGGAACUCAUUUGUUGAAUGUCAGAAUAAACUUGAACCCCUGUGCAUAGCUAGAAAGGAAUGCCCAAUGAUGGACCUUUAGUCACAGACUGACACUCUAAAAUGUGACAUAAAUAAGCUGGGCUUGGGUUUAACGCUGGCCAGAUGGCCUCUGCACGCACACUGGUUUCUCUCCUUGAGCAAUUAGCCUUUUGAAGUGGCUUCCAGAGGGGAGGCGCUUUGCCCUUUGCCGUCCGUGCACGCUCUUCAACAUGGGUUCUGUUUCAGCGAUGACUUUUGUUGAAGGAACAUCAGGGUUUUGGAGGGUGGGUCGGCUCCAACACUGAAGUCAGGCUUAACUGUUUUACUGUUUAUAUGUUUAUUUAUCCUCGCUAUCCCACUUCAGACCCCGAAGGGGAAAGAGAAGCCACAGUAAUGCCCGCGUUUAGGAUGGACAUAGUAGCAUUGAUACUUCUUGGACAAUCUUGAGCACUUUUUUUUCUCAUUUAUAGAAACCAAAGCACAGUCAGUUCACAUAAUGUACUGUACAUAUUAUCUACCUUCCACCACUCACUGUCAUUUUUUUAAGUGCCACAUUGUCAGUCUAAUUAUAAUUCAGUUUAAAUGUUUGUUUUUUUUUGUGGCUGUUGCACACGUUGCCAUGUGUUUCCCGUUUAUUUUAUUUUUAUUCAAUGCGAAGUUUCCAUUUCGGCUCUGCAUGCUUCAAACUUAAGUCUUUGAAGGAGAGAUUUACUGGCAGGUGUUUAAAACAUCAGAUUUACCCCCCAGUAUAAAUGUAAGAAUGAAGCAAUAACGUGGUCGACUGAAGAGUCCAGAGUUGUACACAUAAUGUGAUGUUUGCCUUGGAUGCUCGGGAGCAGAGAUAUUAACUGUCAAAUGGAAAGAGUACUGAAAUGUAUAUUGUGAGUUAGUAUUAAGAUUAAUCUGCAAUAAUGAUUGCUUU